UGUCUCUGCAUCUCUCUCUCUCUCAAGCAAUCAAUCAAUAAUGGUGCAAUCAAAGAAGUUCAGAGGAGUCAGACAACGUCAUUGGGGCUCCUGGGUCUCCGAAAUCCGACAUCCUCUUCUGAAGAGAAGGGUGUGGCUAGGGACAUUCGAGACGGCAGAAGAGGCCGCUCGAGCUUAUGAUCAAGCCUCGAUCCUUAUGAGUGGGAGGAAUGCCAAGACCAACUUCCCAAUAGCCCAAGACCCAAAUUCAAGCGAAUCCAAUCCACCAUUGCCUCCAAAUGGCUUAUCCGAGAUCCUACAUGCCAAGCUCAGAAAAUGCAGCAAGGCACCAUCACCUUCCAUCACAUGUUUGAGGCUUGACACUGAGAACUCGCACAUUGGGGUCUGGCAGAAACGAGCGGGGCAGCGGUCGGAGUCUAAUUGGGUGAUGCCAUUGGAUCUUGGGAAGAGAAAUGGGGAAGCUUCUUCUGAGGAUGCAUUGCCAUUGGUGGCAGAGUCCGCGGGGGUUGUACUGCCGGAGGUGAGAGUGGAGAUGGAUGAAGAAGAGAGGAUUGCACUUCAAAUGAUCGAAGAAUUGCUUAACAGAAACUGUCCAACCCCAGAUUUUGCUUCAUUUGGUCUCCCAGAAGACGAAGCCUAAGCCAGCUGAGUAAUGGGUGUGUGUUUUCAUGGGAAAUUGAUGGUAUUGUGUG